GACAGGAACGGCGAUGAAGGGACUGUGCAAGGGCCAAACGGCUACUCAGGAGCAGAGGACUAAAGGGCAGCAGGCGCGAAGCUCUUCCCCCUACCUCCAUCUUUGGAAUUCAGUGCUGUGCUGACCCCAAGAGAGUAACUGGUGAGACGAUGCCAUCCAAAUGGACCAGCUUGCUCGGUUGGUGGUUCCUCUUUCUCCAGAUGGUGCACGGAGUGACAGGUGACCGUCCCUGCAACCGGAAGUAUUUUGGCCGUGAUUCCAUCGUGUGUGUGUGCAACAGCACAUACUGCGACACCCAAGCCCCUGUCUCCGUCCCACCGGUCGGUUUCUUCAUCAAGUAUGAAAGUGGCAAGAGCGGAAAGCGGCUGGCACGGAGCCAAGGGCUGUUUCAGGACAGAUCUUUCCAGCCAGAUCUUGUCCUGGCUCUGGAACCGACACAGCAGUAUCAGAUGGUGAAGGGGUUUGGUGGCUCCGUCACAGACGCCGCCUCCAUAAAUAUCCUCUCUCUAACACCGAGUACCCAGAACAAUUUGCUCCGUUCCUACUUCUCAGAGGAAGGGCUCGAGUACAACAUGGUACGCACCCCUAUGGCGAGCUGUGACUUCUCCACGCGGCCAUAUACAUAUGAUGACUGGCCAUAUGACUACGAGCUCAAGAACUUCACUUUGGUUGAGGAGGACAUCAAGAUGAAAAUCCCUAUUAUCCAGCGUGCCAAGGCCAUGUCUAAGAAACCCAUCUCCUUGAUAGCCAGUCCAUGGACUUCUCCCACCUGGAUGAAAACCAACAACCAGUGGACUGGGAAAGGGUCUCUGAAGGGGGAGGCAGGUGACAAAAUUCACAAGACGUGGGCCAACUAUUUUGUCAGGUUCCUUGAUGAGUAUGCCAAGCACAAUCUGACGUUCUGGGCGGUAACAGCUGAGAACGAGCCUACCGCUGGAUUGAUCAGAAAUUAUCCUUUCCAGUGCUUGGGGUUCACCCCUGAGCAGCAGCGUGACUUCAUCGCGCUAGAUCUGGGCCCCGCCUUGGCGAACAGCUCUCACAAGGAUAUCCGCCUCAUCGUUUUGGACGAUAACCGAGUGCAUCUGCCUUUCUGGGCAAAGGUGGUACUGAGUGAGGACAGCCAAGCUCGUCGCUACAUCCACGGCAUUGGCCUUCAUUGGUACCUGGACUUCAUUGCCCCCAUCGACGAUACGGUUGGAAUUACCCACCGUCUCUUCCCUGACUACUUUCUUCUGUUCACUGAGGCGUGUACCGGCUCACAGUUCUGGGAGAGGGACGUGAUCCUCGGAAGCUGGGAUCGGGGGAAUCAAUAUAGCCGGAGCAUCCUGGCGAACCUUAACCACAAUGUCAUAGGCUGGAUGGACUGGAAUCUGGCCCUGGACUUGGAAGGAGGUCCCAAUUGGGUUAAGAACUAUGUGGACAGCUCCAUCAUUGUCGACGUGGCCAGUGACACUUUCUACAAGCAGCCCAUGUUCUACCACAUAGGGCACUUUAGCAAGUUUAUCCCCGAGGGUUCCCAGCGUGUGGGCUUGACCAUCCUGCAGAAAUGUCUCACGUGCAGUUUGGAGCACGUGGCUGUGAUCCGUCCCGAUGGGGUUGCUGUGGUCGUCGUCCUCAAUCGGUCUGGAAAGAGUGUCACCUUUGGACUUUCUGAUUCGGUUGGCCUGAUUGUGACCAGCAUUCCUGCCAAUUCCAUCCAGACAUACUUGUGGAGGCGUGAAUGAGGAGGAAGCCAUGGGAAGAAGUCUUACGCUGUACGGAGAAAAAUUCUGAGCCACACUCAGUGUGCCUCCUGCCCGAUAUGCCACUUGGUAACUGUGGCCUUGUUCAGUGGACUUGAACAGGCCUAACUGGGGCAUAUUUCACACUGUCUGUUUGAAAAUCAAGUGCUGAAGUAGUUACUCCAAGCUGAGCAGCAAUACCUUGGUUUCUGCUGUGCUUUUGCCAAGAGCCCUCAGCGUUGGAAGGAAGGGUGUGAUACGCGUUUUUGCACGUCUCUGGAACAAACCAGCUUUGCUAGUAGGCCUUAGAGCAUCCUGACCCUCAAAAGUGAAGUAGGCCCCACUGGAUGGGGCGAUGGGUCUACCGUGGUCUCUUUGCCCACUGGUUGGGAGUCUACUGUUCUUAUUUGUUAUUCCUUUUCUCAUUAAAUAGAAUCCCUGUCUCCCUC